AAAAGAAUAAAAAUCCCUUCUUUGUCUCCCAAUUUUUUCUCAAACUUCACUAUCAAUGGCGUAAAGCAAUAUCAAGAAACCCUCUUGCGUGUCCAAAAUCUUUACACAAUUGGGGCCAUACCCACAAGAAGAAAAAACCCUUAAAAUAGCUAUAAAAAAAAAACCUAUUUACAGUGGAAGUAGAAGCAUUAAAAAUUGAUUUGUGUAUGAGGAAUAUAGAGAAAAAAAGCAAAGCUGGGAAAGCACGGAGAUUUAUUGUUGGAAGGUUUAUUCGAUUGUAUCCAUGAAAUCACGGCGGCGCUUGUGUUUUCUAAGAUGAGUGAUUCUGCUUAUCGUGUUGAUACUACUUCUCGUCUUGCUCAAUGGCGAAUCGACAAUUUAGCUUCUUGUACUUAUCGCAAAUCAGAUCCUUUCAAGAUCGGAAAAUGGAAUUGGCAUUUAGCUGUGGAGAAGAACAGGACAUUGUCCAUUAAAUUAUAUCCAGAGAUAUCAAAUUUCACAAGAGAGAAUCCUCCAAUUGCAUCUUUUAUUAUUAGAUUAAUCUCGUCGUUGGGAGAUCGCAAGACUUUGAUUCACCCUGAAGUUAUAGAGAAGCAACUCAAGAGUAGCGACGAUUUUGUUUGGCCUAUUGAAAUCCCCUUAACCGGGAAGUUCAUCAUUGACGUUGAAUUCCUUGAUCUGAAGACUGCAACGCCUAAUAGUGGGGAGCUGUGCUCUAUCUGGGCUGAAGGAUUAACCGAGAAGCAAUCGAAUGCAACUGCUCUGUCAUCACUUGGCCGAAUGUUGUCUGAGAGCAUUCACACGGACAUCAUAAUCAAUGCUUCAGAUGGAAGCAUUGGAGCGCAUCGUGCAGUUCUUGCUGCAAGGUCACCUGUCUUCCGAAGCAUGUUCUCCCAUGACCUCAAAGAGAAAGAAUUAUCUGCUAUACACAUCUCCGACAUGUCAAUAGAAGCUUGCCAAUGCUUUCUGAAUUACAUUUACGGGAACAUACAAAAUGAAGAAUUUUUAACCCAUCGACUGGCUUUGCUUCGAGCAGCUGAUAAGUACGACCUCUCAGAUUUAAAGGAGGCAUGUCAUGAAAGUCUAAUGGAAGAUAUUGACGCGAAGAAUGUUCUUGAGAGGCUCCAAACUGCUUCUCUUUAUCAACUGCCGAACCUGAAGGCCUGUUGUAUGAGGUAUCUCGUGAGGUUUGGUAAAAUAUUUGAUAUAAGAGAUGAUUUCUCUGCAUUUCUGCAAUAUGCAGACAGAGAAAUCAUCGGUGAAAUUUUCCACGAAGUUCUUGCUGCUUGGAAAGGAUUCUGAUGUAUUUUUCGAGCUAAGGGGAAAAAUUGAACAGGGCAAAGUUCCUGCUGCUUGAUUGAUUCAGUAUUGCUUACCAGAUCAGUGUGUUAACAUAUGUUUACUGGGCAAUAUAUUUUGGUUUGUGUAUACUCAAUCUUGUACAUAAAUUUGAUUUUACUGAAACAUGUGUUACCAUUGAGCUUAUGAACGUCGAUAUCAUUGUGAUA